AUGGAUCAUGAUCACAUGCAUGACAUGCCUCCACCAUCAUCAUCAUCAUCUUCCAUGAUGAACAAUGGAUCUAUGAGCGGAGGAGCAGGAGGACAGCAGCAGAUGAUGAUGAUGCACAUGACUUUCUUUUGGGGCAAGAACACGGAGGUUCUCUUCUCCGGUUGGCCGGGAACAAGCUCCGGCAUGUAUGCUCUUUGUCUCGUCUUCGUCUUCUUCCUCUCCGUCCUCACCGAGUGGCUUGCUCACUCCUCUCUCCUCCGUGGCACCACCGGAGAUUCGGCUAAUCCCGCCGCCGGACUCGUCCAAACAGCCGUGUACACCCUCCGUACCGGCCUCGCCUAUCUAGUCAUGCUCGCCGUCAUGUCAUUUAACGCCGGCGUGUUUAUCGCCGCCCUCGCCGGUCAUGCCAUCGGUUUCAUGUUGUUCGGAAGCAUAACUUUCCGGAAACCUCCCGGUGACCGGAAAACUGACGCUGUUCCUCUAUCAGUUUCACGCUACCAACCCUUUGAAGGAGUUAAAGAAGGAGUGUCUCCAAGAUAA